AUGUCCCACGCGGCCGACUCACAAGAGCCGACGCCCAUCUCCAUCACGAUAUGCGGCGACGGCGGCUGCGGCAAGUCGAGCAUCACAUUACGACUCGUGCGAUCGCAAUGGACUUCCGAGUACGACCCUACGAUCGAGGACAGCUACAGCAUCACGAGGCGAGUCGAUGGCGCCUCGUACCACUUGUCAUUGACGGACACGGCCGGUCAGGAGGAGUACCGCGGCAUGUGGGCGUCGACCAACCUGGGCGCCGACGCCUUUCUGCUCGUCUACGACAUUACCUCGAGCGGCAGCCUCGAGUCCCUGAGCUACUUCAACGACCUGAUUGACAUGGAGGCCGAAACGCGGCUCGACAAUGCCUCGCGCGCCCAAAAAGCUGGUCUCCGGCCUGGCGCCACCGCAGACGAGAGCGAAUUCGGAUCCCGCACCAUCCCACCCGUCAAGAUUAUCGCCGGCAACAAGUGCGAUUUGCAAGAGUCACGGCAGAUCUCGGCGUCGCAGGGCUUGGACUGGGCCCGUAAGCGCGGCUGCGGCUUCAUGGAGACGAGUGCCCGCCUCGAAGUCAAUAUCGAGGAGACUUUUGCUCUCAUUAUACGCCGCGUUGUCGAGUCGCGCAGGCGCGCUGCUGCUGGAGUCGUGGGCAACCCCGAGAUGAACCAGAGAGGUGCCACACGGCCUUUGACGCCCAUUGGUAGCGAUCGCGAUGCCGACAAUGAAAAGAGGGAUCCGAAUGCUCGAGGGGUGCGCAAUGGUCCCAAUGACAAUACCGGCAAGAGUAAACGCCAGUUCUGGAAGAGUCUGAAGUGCUGGUAA